AAAUCCUAAAAUAUUGCGUUCAAAAUCGACUGAAAAGAAAUCCAAGAAAAUUUGUGGGUUAUACACCCUUUACGAUUCUUCAUCUUAAACUAUGAGUCUUACAGAAUUCGCCAUGGUCGAAGAACUGGCCUUUCUUAUCAAAGAUAAUCUUCCUUGCAAGCAUCUUAUCCUAUCUAUGGAAGAGACCCUAGUCAAUUUCCUUCUUGAUGAUACAAGUUCUAAUGGGGUCUUGGAGCUAGAACCAACGAAUCCAUAUAACCGCCUUCUCUUACAUCGGCUUGCUGAUAUUUUUGGAUUUUCUCAUCAGUCAGUUGGUGAAGGGGAAGAAAGGCACUUGGUUUUGGAGCGUUGCUCAGAGACAUCAAUACCUUCCAUUCUCAUUAGUGAUCUCCUGUGGCAGUAUGACGAACUACAAUCUCCAAGGACUGUAGAUGUAAUAUAUAGAAGAAAAGAAGAUUCUGAAGAGUCAAAGGCAGAAGAGACACCAAUGCCAAUCUUUAACAUUUCCCUUGAGGAGAGGGAAGAGGCAUAUCUGGCUGCCCGAAAACGGAUUUUUUCUGGUGAUCAAGGUGAGACAAGACAAUGUAUGAAAGAUAGGCCUCGAAAAGAUCCUAUGGUUGCCCGUCGUAUGAUUGCACAUGCACUUGGCCAAAGAAUCAGGCCACCUAACCUUGAGAUCCACCAUGCAAAUACUGAGGAAUGUGAAGAACAAGCCAAGGAUGUAAAUAUCCAGCAUAAGGACGAAGGUCGGAUAAAUUUGGGCAAGCAGACUCAUAUGGAGGUCAAAACCCCCCCUGCAAAAUAUCCUGAUUCCGGUGGUAAGACUAAAAGCAGCAUAUCGAAUGGCAGUAAAACACCACAUAUCAAGAAGAUAACACCUAAAAACACCGAUGGGACAGGUUCCUCGAUGCAAGUGAAAAAGGAAGGGAAGGUUAACAAAGAGAGUAUUCGUGAAGAACAUAUUGGUGCUGCUAAGAGAAUAUUUGCCAAUGCUCUAGGAUUUGCAAGAGAAGGGAAUCUUUCAAAAUGAGGUGGACCAAGUUGCAGCAGUCUGAAAUUGGAAUAUUAUGUAUUCUUCUUGAAAUGCUUGAAGAGUAGCCCAGCCACACAAACCAUUGAAGUAAUCAAUGAUCUUGGGAGCACUUUGUGAUGCUCUUGUAAAAUAUAUGCCAUGAGGAAAGGGAACGGUAGUAAUAUUGUGCCAGCCUUUUGAUAGCUGCAUCGAAUAUGUCCAAAGAACUAUUGGGGUAUGGAACUGAAGGCUACUGAAUCCAAGUCAUCGGCAAGUUAAGGUCUUAAAGCUGGUGAGGUUUGCCUCGUCUGUCUGCUUUCCUGUCAACAUCAUCCUGCAGAUUUUCUCUUCAAGGGAACUCUUUGGCGACCACAUCCUUCAUUUUCUUUGGCUUCUCCUCUUCAUGAUGUACAACUUCAAUACAGUUCCUUAGAAUCAGACCAUCUAAUGAGCUUGUCCGGUUUGGUAAUACCUCAAAGUUUUCACUUUGGCUUUUUGGCAAUGGAAUUGCAUGUUUAUGUGCAGAUUACAGUGGUACACCUGAAAUCUGGAUUUGUUAAUGAGUUUUAACUGUUUAAGAGUUUGCCUGGUUGGAUUGAGA